AAAGGAAUAAGGGGGGGGGGGGGGGGGGGGGGGGGGGGGGCUUUUAAAAAAAUUUUGUUGGUUUCAAAAAUUUUAAAAGGUAUAAAUGGUGAUUAUUUUAAAUAAGUAAUUGUUUAGCCACAAAAAUUUAGAUCAAAAGUUGUUUGUCAUUAUAUCUACAGUAUUUUUGUAGUGAUGUAUUGUAGCCCACAAUUUGUUUGAAAACUCUAUUAAAGAGGUGUUAAGGGUUUAACACAUUCUCAUAUUUGCGAACUUCACAGUUUCUAGCUGUGCUACUAUAUAAUAUCAUUAGUAGGUAAAAUAAUAAAUGUCGACGUUGUUAUUGAACCGCCAGUUAGACGGUGGUGACCUUCGGUCACCACUCGUCUCUCCGGCAUUGAAUGAGUAUAAUUAUUCGAACCCAAAAAAAAUAACAAUGGAUGAAAUGUUGGAGAAGUAUUGCGGGGAUUUCGGGUUGUGGCAGUUGAGACACUUAGUGUUAGCCAGCUUGGCUUGGUUUCUGCAAGGUGUUCAUGUCAUGGUCAUGCUGUUCGCGGAUCGCGAACCAGCAUGGCGCUGUUUGACGAGCCAUGCUGGUUAUACUCCUUGCUCGACAGCAGGGAGUAUGUGUGGCCUCGAGCCUAGCUCGUGGGAAUGGUUGGGUGGAAAGGGAAGUUCUACGAGGUCGGAAUUCGGAUUGGUAUGUGGAGACAAGUUUAAGGUUGGACUUGUCCAGUCUAUAUUUUUUGCUGGCUGCAUGAUCGGUGGUGGGGUAUUUGGACAUUUAUCAGAUUCAAAAUUGGGGAGGAAAGGCACCCUUGCAACGGUUUGCAUAUUGGAUGCCAUUUUUGGUAUUCUAACAGCAUUCUCAUCAAAUUAUUCGACCUAUGCCUUGUUCCGAUUUCUCACUGGUUUAAGCGUUGGUGGUACUGGACUUAGUGCUUUUGUUCUUGCUACUGAACCCGUUGGCCAAUCGUGGCGUGGCGUAGCUGGAAUGUCCACUUUCUAUUUUUUCUCUAUUGGAAUAAUCGCUCUAUCAGCCAUUGCUUAUUUCAUCCAACCAUGGCGCGCUCUCUACAUUGCUUCUUCAAUCCCAUCGGUCAUUUUUGUAGUCUUCAUACUUCCUUUCCUCCACGAGUCACCACGUUGGUGCCUCGUUAGAGGAAAAGUAGACGAAGCCAUGAAAAUUAUGCAGAAAAUCGCCGUAUCAAAUGGCAAAAGUAACAUUCCUGAUGAUGUUAUUCUCGCCCUUGAUAGUGAAGUGAACGAAAGCGUUCCUUAUUCUCAAUCUGAUACCAAUAAAGACGCGGUAAAUGGAUCAAUUUUAGAUGUACUAAGGUCUCCUAUCACCAGGAUUUGGUUUUUCUUAGCAGUGACUAUUAAUUUCCUUUGUUCUGUUGUUUAUUACGGGUUAAAUUUAAAUGCUGUCAAUCUCGGAACUAAUUUAUACCUCAACGUUGCCCUUAACGCGGUCUCUGAAAUACCCGGUUAUUUUUUAACUGCAUUAGUGUUGGACAGGUUCGGUCGCAAGUCAUUAGCCAUAGGGACAAUGUGGUUCAGUGGAAUUUUCUGCUUAGGCGGAAGCUUAUUGACAAGUACUAACGGGGCUUGGAAAGUGGUCCGCAUGGUAUGCGGACUGCUAGGGAUAUUUGGAAUCGCUGGUACUUUCAAUUUAUUGUUCGUGUAUUCGAUGGAGUUGUUUCCGACUGUUGUGAGAAAUGCAGCAUUGGGAUGCGUGAACCAGGCCGUGCAUUUGGGGGCAAUUUUAGCGCCGAUCGUGGUGCUUUUAGGGGGCACUGUACCGUUUGCUGUGUUCGCGGCAUGCGGAAUUGCAGGAGGUUUUUUGGUAACGUAUCUGCCAGAGACAUUGAACAAGCCACUUUAUGACACAAUGGAUGGGCUACAGGAAGCUGAAGCAAAACCUGGCUUCGUAGCUUAAUUGGGAGUUUGUUUAAUUUAAUUUGGAUUGACUGAAUAAAAGUAUCUUUUAAGCAUUUUGUUGAAAUGUUUUGAGAUGAACUUGUAAACAAAUAAACAAUUAGUUAUGUACUUGACUAAAUAUGUUGGAAUUGAAAUAUAGCUAAGCAAUUCAAUUA